AUGGGUUCUGUGACAAGGUCUGAGAAUAGCGAUUACGAUGUCGUUAUCGUCGGCGCAGGCUUAUCAGGUAUUAAUGCUGCAUAUCGUAUACAAACAGAACUUCCAGAUUUGACAUAUACUAUACUUGAGAAUCGCGGGGCAAUCGGCGGAACGUGGGACUUGUUUCGAUACCCCGGUAUCAGAUCCGACUCGGAUCUGCACACAUUUGGAUUCCCAUGGCGACCAUGGAUGAGCUCUAAGGCGAUCGCUGAUGGUGAAUCAAUCCGUACAUAUUUUAAAGAAUCUGCUGAAGAAUACGGCAUCGAUAAGAAAAUACAAUUCUAUCAUAAUGUUGCUGCGGCAGAUUGGUCCACAGAACAACAACAGUGGUCACUAUCAAUCGAAACCGAUGGAAGAAAGAGCACCAUAAAAGGACGAUGGAUUAUUUGGAGUACAGGAUAUUAUGACUACGCUGAGCCGUUGAAAGUCGAUAUACCUGGAAUUGACAACUUCGAAGGCAAAAAGAUACACCCUCAAUUCUGGCCCGAAGAUCUCGAUUACGAAGACAAGAAGAUAGUCGUUAUUGGAAGCGGUGCUACUGCAGUCACUUUGAUUCCUAAUCUGGUAGAGAAAGCUGCCAGAGUAACAAUGUUACAACGAAGCCCUUCUUGGGUGAUUGGCGUUCCAUCACAGGACGCUGCCGCAAAUCUUAUGCGCAAAUAUCUUCCUAGCUCGAUAGCUAGCCAAUUGAUACGCUGGAAAUUCCUUGUACUCCCUUUGAUGUUCUUCCACUUCUGUCGCAAAUUUCCUAACGCCGCGCGCAAUAUCCUCCGAAAACGAACCAUGAAGGAAAUCCCAUCAACCAUUCCUCUCGAUCCUAAUUUUAACCCUAGCUAUAGUCCCUGGGAACAACGUCUAUGCAUCUGUCCCGAUGGCGAUUUCUUCAAAUGUCUUCAUACGGGGAAAGCCGAUAUCGUAACCGAUACUAUCAAAAAUGUCACGCCGUCGGGCAUUACCCUUGAAUCAGGAAAAACACUCGACGCUGAUAUCAUUAUCACAGCUACUGGACUCAAGAUGCAACUUGCCGGUGGUGCCAAGGUAAGCAUUGACGGAACCCCAUACGAUUAUGCCACCAAAUAUAUGUGGAAAGGCGUCAUGCUCCAAGACAUGCCCAACGCCGUGACAGUCAUUGGAUAUACCAAUGCAUCUUGGACUUUAGGUGCCGACACCUCUGCCGGAGUAUUGGUUCGACUUAUGAAACAUAUGCGCGAUAAUAGUUUCUCGUCGGUGGUUCCUAAAGUUCAUGGCGGUAAAAUGAAGUCAGUGCCGAUGUUAAAUCUCAAUUCAACAUAUGUCGAGAAAGCGAAGGGCUAUUUGCCCAUGGCAGGUGAUAGAGGACCUUGGAAAACUAGACAGAAUUACCUGGUUGAUUAUUGGGUUGCGCAGUAUGGGAAUUUGACGGAAGAAUUGGAGUUUACGGGUGGUGGAUCUAAAAAAGAUCAAUGA